AUGAACGGCUUGAUGCACGCCAUGGUGCGGCAGUGGCUCGUGGAGCUGCUGGAUUUCUCGGCGGAGGGUCUGGAGAACCAGGUGCUGGCCAGCCACGCCACCUACAAGGCCCUGGAUCAAGUUCUGCAAGUGCCGGACCUGAAGCCCAUCGUGGAAGCUCUCAAGGAGGCUCCAGUGGUGAUUCAGGGCUGGCGCGUGAGCCAGUCCCGAGCAGGCUUGACCUUCUACCAGACCAGCGAUGGGAGGCUGACCCGCUGGACCUUGCCAGUGGCUGUGGUGGACGUGCGGACGGAGAACGUGGUGUGGACGCCCCCAAAAACACCGCCUCAGGACGACGGCCUCAUGACCCCGCCGGCCGAGAAAGGCGUCGCCGAGCUGGAGCUGCAGGAGGCCGCCGCUCAGACGGCGCCGCUGAUGAUUGUCCCGGCCACUCCGGCCCUGACGCUGCGGGUGCCGGCCACGCCUAUGGUGCCGAUGGCGACUCCCACCACCCCUGCGAGGUGCCCACCGCCCUCCUUGGCGCAAACGGCCCCCGCGCCGAUGCUGGCAGCCGCCAGGCCGGCAGCUCAUUUUCCCCCAACUCCGCCGCUGCCUCCGCCGCCGCCCCCACCUGCGCCGCCCGCGCCGCCCGCGCGGCCCGCACUGCCCGCGCUGCCCGCGCCGGCUCCGGCGGAGGCCAGAUGGAGCCGGCCACCAGAGACGCCCCAGAUGCUUGCACCUGCCUCUCCAGAUGAAGGCGUGCAGCGGCCCAACGAGCCACAGAAACCGCCCAAGCGCAAGGCGCCAAGCUCUUGA